AGAGAGGUAAAGAGCAUAAAUGUACUGGUUGAAUUGCUGGGAAGCUUUAGGACCAAUAAUUAGAGAUCUCAGGAGAGCAGCUUCUCAGAAUAUGCUGCUUUCUUUAGAACGAGAUUGUGAUUUUUAACAACAAAAUCUUUUUCAUAGUUUGAUGGGCAUUCCCCGUGCUUUUGUGCAUGUCUCUAAAAAGCGUUGACGUGGAAAGAAGCAGCAGCAGAGAGGGAAAAAACUGCAGCUCUCCUAAAAAUACUGAGGGCAUGCAGGAGUGUGAGCAGUCUGGGGAGGAGGAGGAGGGUGUGAGAGUGCCUCACACCAUGCUUUCUGGAUGCCGGCUGGGAACAGUUUUGGAAAUAUUCCUCCUGUGAAUGGAGGCACCAUGAACAUUUGGGAAGUGAUCCUGGCUUUCUUAAUUGUGGUGCUCAUUCUUGUAUCGUUGCUGUCCAACGUGCUGGUGCUGAUUUGCUUUUUGUACAGCACAGAUAUCCGCAAGCAAGUCCCUGGAUUGUUUAUCCUCAACCUGACCUUCUGCAACUUGUUGAUGACUGUUUUGAACAUGCCCUUGACCCUGGCUGGGAUCAUUUACAAGAAUCCGCCGGGAGGAGAACAGCUUUGCCAUAUGGUGGGUUUCCUGGAGACUUUCUUGACCACCAACUCCAUGCUCAGCAUGGCAGCUCUCAGCAUAGACAGGUGGAUAGCAGUGGUGUUUCCUCUGAACUAUCAUUCCAAGAUGCGCUACAAAGAUGCUGCUCUCAUACUCAGCUACACGUGGUUGCAUUCUGUGUCCUUCCCUAUAGUGGCAACUUCUCUUUCUUGGGUGGGUUUCCAUCAUCUUUAUGCUUCCUGCACCCUGUACAACAAGAGACUGGAGGACAGGACACAGUUUAUGAUUUUUACUGGGGUCUUUCAUUCCCUCAGCUUCGUCCUUUCCCUCAUUGUCUUGUGUUUCACAUAUCUAAAAGUGCUGAAGGUGGCACGCUUUCACUGUAAAAGGAUUGACGUGAUAACUAUGCAGACCCUUGUGCUGCUGGUGGACAUCCAUCCCAGUGUAAGAGAGCGAUGUCUAGAAGAACAGAAGAGACGGAGACAACGAGCAACCAAGAAAAUUAGCACCUUUAUUGGCACAUUUAUACUUUGCUUUGCACCAUAUGUAAUCACAAGAUUGAUAGAAUUAUCAUCCAUAGUCCCUAUCAAUGCACACUGGGGAGUCAUUUCCAAGUGUCUGGCUUAUAGCAAAGCUGUUUCAGAUCCUUUUGUGUACUCUUUGUUACGACACCAGUACAAGAAGACAUGGAAGGACAUCAUAAACAAAAUUCUUAAAAGAAGUUCAAUAAAUUCAUCAGCCCUCACAAGUGAAUCACAAAGUCGGAAUAUUUUGCAAGCAAAUGAAUAAAGAGGCCAGUCUGAACUACUUGUCACAUGUGGGCUAACAAUGGUGAGGAGAAGUGAAGGAAGAGUAGCAGGUGCCUCCUUAGUAUCAUCAGCUGGCAAUAAGUUGGAAAGCUUGCCUUUGAAAUCUUCAGUGACCUGGGUAAUGAAUUUCAGAGCAAAGCUGGCUGCCUUUCAGUACUGGUAUUCAGUCUCAACUACAAACUCUCUACCAUCUUCAUGAAAUGUGUGUGUCUGUAAGGACAAAACCCUGUCUUUAUCCAUCAUUGGUUGUCUAGCGG